AUAACCUUCAAAUAUUUUUUUCGAUUUUGUUUUGUUCACGUGAAAUUUCAUCGCUUUUGUCGAUUUUCACAAAAUGUUUCUACUUUUGAGCAUAACUGCGAUUACAUUCCUGAUUGCAUUCAUCCAUAUCAUCACAAAACCACUUGUUGCUUUGUUGACAUCAGCAUCGGCCGAAGAGAAACAAUUGGUUCAAGAAAUUGCCAAACUGAAGGAAGAGUUGGAGGAAAUUCCGAUGCGCAAGGAAUACACCAGCUAUGUGAAAGUGGAACGAAAAAUUGUUGUUGCUCAGGGCAAACUGAACGAAACACGCAGUGCAAAUCAGACGAAGAAGCUUAUGUACUCCUAUGGAAUCCCUUACGGACUUCAAGCACUACUCUCAGUCCUGCUUUUGUUGAUCACCAUCGCUUAUCGUUAUACACCAAUUGUCGUUUUCAACGGAUCCCAAUAUGACUUCAUACCAUUCGGCUCGAUUCUACGAUUCCCAACUGGAAUUGACGGAGCAGUGUCUGUGCCGUUUUGGAUAUUCGUCAAUAAUUAUGUAUCGCGACAUGCUGCUUCUUAUGUUAAGUAA